AUGGGUACUCUCAUAGACUCCCAUUUCUUAGCUUUCACCGCACUUAUCACUAUUGGUUAUCAGUUUCUGUUUUUCGUCGUCACUGCGCUCCUCAAAUUCGACAAAGUCACUGAUUUUGCGGGAAGUACGAAUUUCAUUAUAAUUGCUGUAUUGACCUUGGUGAUCAAAGGCUCCUGGUAUUUUCGACAGAUAAUACUGACUUUGUUUGUUGGGAUAUGGGGAUUUCGCCUGGCGCUUUUCCUCUUAUUCAGAAUUUUGCAGUGGGGAGAGGACCGACGCUUUGAUGAAAUGCGCAAUAAUUUGGCUAGACUGGCCAUAUUUUGGAUAUUUCAGGCUGUCUGGGUGUGGGCUGUGAGUUUACCUGUCACGUUGGUUAAUGCAAGCGACAGAAAUCCCUUUCUACACGUUGUGGAUAUAAUAGGAUGGAUUAUGUGGGCUCUCGGUUUUAUUGUGGAAGGUACAGCAGAUCAACAAAAGCUGAAUUUCAAAAGAUCUUCAGAAAAUAGAGGGAAGUGGUGUAAUGUUGGACUCUGGAAAUAUUCUCGUCAUCCUAACUAUUUUGGUGAGAUAUUACUUUGGUGGGGGAUUUUUGUGGCAUCUACACCUGUACUGGAGGGUGCUGAAUGGCUGGUAAUCAUCGGACCAAUCUUUCUCACAUUGUUGCUUCUCUUUGUCAGUGGCAUUCCGCUGCUUGAGGAUUCGGCAGAUAAGAAGUUUGGCAAUGUAGAUGGAUAUAGGAUAUACAAAAAAAGAACCAGCCCUUUAAUCCCGUUGCUACCAUCAGUCUAUGGGAACUUACCGGCAUGGUUCAAAACAGCUUUUCUCUUUGAAUUUCCAUUCUACAGUCGUAGUCUUCCACAAGAAGAGAACUGGUGA